UGCAGCCCCUAAGAAUAUAACUAUUGGAGCUGAUCGAGUCUUUAAUUAUUAGGUGAAGAAGAUAUAUACGGAGUAUAUAUUCUCCAACAUGUUUCUUCCUAUGAUCUUUUCAUUACUUCUCCUCCUCCAAGAAGAAGUAGCAAUGGCAUCAUCAGAUCUGGACAAAGACAAAAAAGCCCUUCUCGACUUUGUGGUUCCCCAUGGGCUCGGGUGGAAGCCCGCCGACCCAAUAUGUAGCUCUUGGGCCGGCGUGGCCUGCAACUCGGACCGAAGCCGGGUAGCCGAGCUCCGACUAUCCGGCUUCGGGCUGUGCGGUUCCAUACCGGAAAACACAACGCUCGGGAGACUGGAUGCGCUCGAGACGCUGCACCUGGAGAACAACUUCUUGGCGGGGCCCAUACCGUGGGGUCUGGGCCUCCUCCCGCGCCUCAAGAGCUUGAACCUAAGCAACAACGGUUUCAGUGGGCCCGUCCCCCCGUCUCUGCUCGAAAGGUUUCCUCCUACGUCGUUCGGAGGGAACCCUUCGCUGGCGGCUGGCGUGCAGCUGGCCCCACCGGAAGUAGCAAUUCCUCGCUUGUCGUCAUUGUCGUCAUCAUGGGGAUCAAAGAAGAAAACAAAGAAAGGAUCAAAUGGUUAUAGCAUCCCGUUUUUAUAUUAUAUCUAUUUUUUUGUUGUAAUUUUUGGGAUAUCGGUGUUUUUAAAAAGCUUGAUAAAUCAAGAUAGGCGGGCCCCUUAUUAAACUGUUUACAGUAUUACUUAUUCAUUACUAAAAAUAGAUUAGAUCAUAUCCAUUUAGGUCAAAUCUAUUGACCACAUCUAUUGAGAUAUGAUCAGAUCACACCAAUAUAGAAAUAUAUUGAAAAUAAUGUUACUUCUUAUGUUUGAAUUUAAUCUUGUCCACUCUUCAUGGUCAAAGCCCGUAACUUUCAGGUUGG